GAUGUGUAUGUGUGUCUCUCUAUUAUAUGCAAAAACUUGGAUCAGAUUCUUCUUCUUCGUUCUUCUUCUUCUACCUCUCUCUCUCUCUCUCUCUCUCUUUCUUAAACAACAAAAAACAAGAACAAAGAACAAAGUUUCUUCCUUUCUACCUUCUUCACAUUUAUCUCUCUUCAGACAAAAACAAUUAAAAAAUGACACGCUCCUCUAGAUUCCUCGGUACGGCGUCGUCUCCACCACCACCGGAAGAAAUCCUCGCCGCCGAAACCGACAUGGUUGUCAUCCUCUCUGCUCUUCUCUGCGCUCUCAUAUGCGUUGCCGGUUUAGCCGCCGUAGCUCGCUGCGCUUGGCUCCGCCGUCUCACCGGCGUUAAUUCCGCCGCCACCGGAGAAUAUCCUCCUCCUCCUCCGAACAAAGGCCUCAAGAAGAAAGCACUCCAAGCGCUCCCCAAAUCCACUUACACCGCCUCUCCCUCAACCUCUAAAGCAGCCGCAGAAGAUUUGCCGUGCUCCUCCUCAGGCGGUGACGGAGACGACUCCUCAACCGAGUGUGCUAUAUGCAUAACGGAAUUUGCCGAAGGCGAAGAGAUCAGGAUCCUACCGCUGUGUAACCACGCUUUCCACGUGGCGUGUAUUGACAAGUGGUUGACUUCGAGGUCUUCGUGUCCUUCUUGUCGUCGGAUUUUGGUUCCGGUGAAGUGUGAUAGGUGUGGUCACCAUGCUUCCACGGCGGAGACUCGGAUCAAAGAUCAACCUCAACCUCCUUCACAACACCAACAUCAUCAUCCUUCACAGUUCACUUCCUCCGCCAUUAUUCCUGCUUUUCUUCCUUAGAAAAACUUCUCUUUCUUUUUCUUUUAUAAUUAAUUUGCUUAAAAAAAAAAACAUCGGCAUGAUUAAAGUUAAGUAAAGUAAUAAUUAAAUUAAUUAGGAAAAUUAGUAGUGAUCUUUUUCUUUAGUUAUGUUUCGAUAAUUCUGUUAUGUAAAAGACUGUAAUCCACUGUUCUUAUUAAUCUAAUCAAGAUGAAAUUUCGAAGUUCACAAAUUCGAUUAGAGGAU